AUGGAAUCAUCACUCGACGAUAAUACAUUUACCAAUUUACCAGCAAAAACUGUUCCAAAUCUGAUUAAUACGCAAAAUAUUAUUCUCCCAAAGAAAUUUACAAAAAUAGAAUGCCUCAGACCAAUAAUACAAUUAGGUAUUGAAGAUACUUUGGUUAAAUUUGGCGAAAAAAUACGAGGUCGAUGGCUUAUUAAAGGAUUAAUUGGUAGCGGUGGAUAUGGAGAAAUAUAUUAUGCAUCAGAUUUGAAAAUGAAUGGCGAAUCAGUGGCUGUUAAAGUGGAACCUGUGAUAAGGAAAGGAAAAAUAAUGUUGCGUCUGCAAGGUAAACCGCAUGCACCGUUGAUGUGGGCUUCCGGAACGGAACGUGGCCUAAAUUAUAUUGUAAUGCAAUUGCUAUCAAGGAAUGUGGCAGAUCUAAGAAAGCGAUGUCCCGUACAACGAUUAUCGAAGGCUACCUCAGGACGAAUCAUGCAACAAGCAAUAGCUGGUCUUCGUGACAUUCAUAAAGUGGGAUAUAUUCAUAGAGAUGUGAAACCAGCGAAUAUGUGUUUCGGUCUCACCGAAAAAAGCAGCCGACGUUUGAUCAUUGUGGAUUAUGGUUUGGCGAGAAGAUUUCGGCAAAUGGACGGGAAACCAAUUGAAAGACGAAAACGAGCUGGUUUCCGUGGAACAUUACGCUAUGUGUCAAUGCGCGUACAUGAUCGGAAGGAGCAAGGACCAUCAGAUGAUCUGAUCGCACUUUUUUUCACACUUAUCGAAAUACUUAGAGGGGAAUUACCAUGGAGGGAUGAGAAAAAUGAUGAAAAAAUGAAAAGCGCUAAAAUGGAAUUGAUGAAAGAUGAUUUCGUGAAAAUAUCCAAAACUUUUGGCUUCAGCGUAUGUGAAUACGGUCGAGCAGUAAUGACAUUAGCUGUAGAUGAUGAACCUAAUUAUACAUUUUUAAUUUCAACCAUGAAGAAAUUGGCUGGCAAUCGACAUUUAAACGAUCCAUAUGAUUGGGAAAAUGAUUAUUUGGAAGUGCUAAAGGAAUAUAAAUAA